CUAUAAUAGCUUAAUCAAAAUUUUACUCCUUGCAAAGGGAACACUGGUCAUUUCUUUGAAGGAGUCUUUGUGGAAGGUGAAGUCUUAUUUUAAGAAUUUCGGUCUGCUGACAACAAGAGCCAGUAUCAUGAUAUGGAACAACAAAGGUUGCGGCUCUUUGGAAAUUUUGUUUAGUUUGUGGUGGAGCACUGACAUUCCUGUGCUCCGAAACGGCUUGCAAUUGGCCAUUUCCAAGAGCUGUACUAAAGGGAUAAAUCCCCCUUCUAAGCACAUAUCUACUUUGACAUGGAACCUACUACUGCAAUACAUGAAUGAAGGGCUCAAUCGGGGGACAAGUUGUUGCUAAUUGAUGGGUGCUACUACAAAAAGAAGAAAAAGUUGCAGAAUUCUUAAAAUGUGUGUAACUAUGGACUGAUGGGUGCUACUGUAACAAGCAGAGGGAAAAAUUGCAGGCUGAACUUAACACCAAGUGUAUCUUUUUGAGCUUCAUGAACAAACACUACAAGAAAUAUGUCCUUUAAUGAGAGUAAAAGCUGUAGUUAAAGAAAGAAAAACCUUCAUUAAAAAGUUUUAAUGAGAGGAAAUUUACUCCUAGAUUCAUAAGUUAUCAAAGAAGCCUACUUAGUUUUUUGUAUAAAUUUAUGGGGGCGGGGGAUUAGAGUUUAAGUCAAAAUAUCCCUGUGUCAGUAGUAUAUAUACUUACUGGAACAUCAUUACCAAUCAAAGACAAAGAAGCAGCAUCAACCUAUUCAGUUACACCGUCAUCCAAAGUUAUCACAAAUUUGCUAGUGGUCAAAACAGCCUUCUCGAUUUCAGGAGACACCAAACAAUCCUUAGUAUUAUCAGGAGAGACAUCCACAGAAGUUAUAUCCUUGGUUGGAGCAUAGGUUCAGAAGCUUCCUUGGGCUGUACUGCAAAAGUUGCCUUGUUGGAAGGUGAGCCAUUUCAUUGAACGUGUGCCCCCUCCUAUAUAUGAAGGAUUGAACAAAAUAUUCAUUAGAUGUAUCAUUUGACUAAUUCUAAUGAGAAGAAUUUAAAAAACUUCCCCUCGCUGCUUCUUAGCCACAAAUCAUCAUCAAAACUAAAACGAAAGCUUUCUCCCAAAAAGAGAAGAGAAACCACCAAAAUAAAUUGAAAAAGACAUGAGGCUACAACGUAGGCCCAAAGUAAAACCCCAAAUUAAAGUCCCUUCACGCAAAUUACAACUUACAAGUGAGCACUGAAGCUUUAGUUCCCAAAUUGAAUUCAGUAAUGAAACACUUUUCAAACACAAUCAAAAAGGCAGUACAGUAGCAUAUGCGACAUACUUCGUCACACUCUGCAAAAGAAUAUGCAAAAUCUUGAUUCUGAUUUAUGAAGCUCAUGUUCUUUUUUCACUUUGGUUUGCAUACAAAUUCUCAAAUUCAAAUAGCCACAAAUAAGCACAAAAAAUAUAUAUAUAGUUAGAAUUGUCUACUUUUGAAUCAACAAAUAAAGGUAAUGCGUAUAGUAUAAAGAAGAAAAAAACUUAAACAUA